AUGCAAAUGAAAUGAAAAGAUUUAUAAAGACAGUAAAGAAAAGACUGAUAGAUAAGCCAUGCAACAUAAUGAGAAUACCAGCCAAAGCCUAUAGUGUAGCAUGAAUGCUUUUAAAAACAUCUACCACCCAGUGAGAUUUUUGUAAGAACAAGCAGUCCAACAACAGAUCUGAUCUCACCAUCAAGAAAGAGAACAUAUGCAAACAUCUUCUAGGGUUUUCUUUUGUGACUUAAACCUCAAAAUGUAUUUUAAAGACCUUGAAUUCAAUUAAAAACUUCAGCACUUUAUGUCUUUUCUUGGUUUUAGGUGUCAAAGUGUUUGCCACUGGUGAUAUUUUUCUAAACUUCCAAUGUGGUUACCAUGUAUGUUGACCACCAACUGGCCUCUGGAGUUCAUGUGUCUGAUCGUGUUUCUGUUUAAAGCACAUUGUGAAGAUGGCAAAUUUGGACUUUGUUCAACUUCGAUGGAGCACGAAAAAGAUCUUUGCAACUGUGGCAUAAGAAGAAUACCAUCAAAUCUAUCAGAUGACACUGUAUAUUUGGACGUUUCCCACAACGACAUAUCCAGCAUUGUGCAUGGGGAUCUCUCUGCAUUAAUCCAUCUCUGCUUCCUCAAAGUUACACAUUGUGGACUUCAACACAUCUCUCCCGAUGCCUUCAGCAGCAACUCUGAAAUCAAAGUUCUUAACAUCUCCCACAAUCAUCUGACCACCAUCCACAAUUUUCCUUUGCCCCAGCUUCACGUCUUAGAUCUUUCCAGCAAUCGAUAUCCCAGCUACGCACUUCCAAGAUCAUUUGUUAACCUAAGUUAUCUUUCUAUCCUUGCAGUCGGUAGCCAAGAAGCAACUUUUGUUCAUUUGGAUGACUUUGUUCCUCUUCAAAAUAUUAUUUUGAAAAAAGUCACAUUUGGAAGUGGCACUGAAUUGCAACACUACGAAAAAGGCUCGUUUUCAAAACUAAAGUCAUUAGAGGAAGCGGUUCUCAAAGUGACUUUUUGUCAACAUUUAGACAUUUUCAAAAACAUCAUUAUAGAUUUUGACCGAAUCCAAACCAAGAAAAUCCAGUUGGUUCAAUUAUUUCCAGACCAGUGUAACAUCAAAAGUGACCCGUUCAUGAUGUUUAAAGACUUGCGUGUCCUCAGCAACCUAGCCAUCGUAGACACCUGGAUGAACAGCUCGGUGAUGGUUAAGCUUUUCAAAAACAUUUGGAAGUCAUCUAUUGAAGAAAUUGCUUUUUUAAAUAUUACCUAUAAUGAGGACACUCCUGAUGGCUUUCAGCUACCAGAGCAGAAACACACGACACAUUUACGAGCAUUUUUACUUGACGGCGUGCACCACUAUCAGUAUCGUUAUCCCAUUAUAAACACGAGUAUGGAAUUAGUCAAUCAACUGACUUACUUGAAGUUUUCUGGCUCAGGGAUGAAUAUCCUACCGUGCAGUCUGAUUCCAUCCAUACGAUCGCUACAGAUCUUGGACCUGUCCAACAAUCUGCUGGAUGAUUCUGGGUUCUGGUGGUUUUGUUCAUCACAUAAAGUAUUUCCUGCCUUGAGGUAUCUUUCGCUCAGCCACAACCGUUUCAGUGACCUCGCCUCCAUUGCCAAAAAGGUUGAGGAUAUGAAGCACAUAGAGUCCCUUGAUUUGAGUUUCAAUUCCAUUUUCAUUAGUAAUGUGCAAUGCAUGUGGCCCCAUCACUUGAGGGAGUUGAGUCUCAGUCACAACAAUCUUGGAAAUAAAGUGUUCAGUUGCCUCUCACCGUAUUUCCAUAAGAUCGACCUUUCAAAAACAGGCAUCAGUGUUAUUCCACAAAAUAUUGCAUCACAGUUUCCGAGGCUUACGCACCUCAUUUUAAGCUUUAACAGCAUACAGGUCAUCCCAGCGGAUCUUUACGCUCCAGCACUUGCAAGCUUGUACAUUGACCAGAAUGCAAUUACAUUUAUUAGCCAGAAUGCAAUGAAAGGUCUUUCCAGCCUCAGGACUUUGAAAGCAGGGCAAAAUCCAUUUAGCUGUAACUGCGAUUCUUUUUGGUUUUUGAAAGCAUUCAAUAAAUCACUUCUGCCUGACUGGCCUCAAGAUUAUGCUUGUGGUACCCCGCCAUCGUUUUCUGGAAGGCUCUUGGUGAAAUAUGAGCUUGGGUGGCUGUCUUGUCAGCCGGGCCUUCAGGUUGCAGUGGUCCUGCCUAUAUUACUGACUAUCGGAGUUGCAGUGGCAAUUACUUUCUAUGCUUGUGAUGGCGUGUGGUACACCAAAAUGCUUUGGAUUUGGAUAAGAGUAAAGAGGAGAGGCUACAAGAGAGAUGAUCGAUUACUCAACGUCACAUUUCACUAUCACGCAUUCAUUUCCUACAGUCAACAUGAUUCAGCUUGGGUGGAAUCUAAGUUGGUUCCAGAAUUAGAAGGGUCGGGUUUAUCCCUUUGUGUCCACGAACGAGACUUUGAACCAGGAAAGUGGAUUGUGGAUAACAUAAUCAAUUGCGUGGAGGGUAGCUACAAGACACUCUUUAUUCUGUCAAAGAACUUUGUUGAGAGUCAAUGGUGCAAUUAUGAACUUUUCUUCGCCCAGCAUAGGGCUAUCAGUGUGAAUGAUGACUCUCUGGUCUUUAUUCUGUUGGAACCAAUACCAGGAGACUCUCUGCCCAAGAAGUUCCUGAAGUUAAGAACCUUGCUGAGGCGGAAAACGUACCUCGAAUGGCCCACGGACGAACAGAAGAAGCAUAUAUUCUGGUGUAAUCUCAAAGCUAUUUUGCAGACGGUAGACGAAAGCAAGAUUCUGAAGGAUGUAGCCAUGGAUAUUGCAGACAUAUGUCUUUUAGUGCCAGAAUAAAAAUUGUGUCUCUUUAAUGUAAAUAAAAUCAUAUAAAUGAGCACUACUGUUUUUUAUUUAAUUUACUGUUUCUUAAACCCUGCUGUACAGAACAAAUGUAACCUUUUUAGUAUAAAUA